AUGGCCAUUGUACCCUUCUCUCUGUUGUCCUCCACCAUCGCCUCGCUUCCCCACCUCGCAGCCGCUGCGUGUCUCCUCGUUGAGCCCACCCCCGAUUCCAGUUCCACCGCGGACGCUUUCGUCUCCCGGCCCCGGUUUCGCCUAGGGUCUGCGGCCUCCCGUGCCACCAUGCUGAGGAAGGAGCUGGCAUGCUCGUUGGCGGCGCUGCCGGCGCCCUCCACGGCCGCGGCCGUCUUUGCAGUGGCUGCGCUGCUCAACUCCGCCGAUGGCGGCGAGGACCUCCUCCUGGCCGUGGCUGCGUUGGCCACCUUCGCAUCCUCGGACGUCAUGCGAUUGUCCCUAACGCAGGAGGCUGGUGCCAUGGUGCCCCAUCUGUGCCGCACGCUCGAGUCCGGCAGCACGGCCGCAGAGCACGUGUGCAUGGCGCUGCUCCUGCUGAGGGUGACAUCUCGGGACACGUCCGCGGACGUGGCCGUGCGCGGCAGAGUGGUAGCGCUCCUGGCCGCCUGCGCCAGUGACACCCCGACGACCCAGGCCCCGGCAGCCGGGGUGCUCUGGAACCUCGCACGGGGUGGAGCGUGGGUCGACGUGGCGUCCCUGCCGCUGUACGGCCCAGAGCAGCAGUAG